AUGAGGGGAACCUCAAAUGAUAAAAUUUUAAUAUCUACUUCACUUGCUGAUUGGUUCAAUGAUAGUGUAUAUGAGCCGCUAUUGAAAAAAGUUGAAGAAUUCCAUCAGAAAGAUUCGGGGUGGAGUUUGAGUGAAAUUAUAAAUUUGAUUGUAAAUAUAUCACGAUACGCUCCACUGCAAGUUGGUUUUUCAACAUAUGUGAAUCUACCCCAAGAUAUUAAACAGAAGAAGGCUGUUCUAAACAUCAAGAAUAAUGAUGUCUACUGUUUUCUGUGGUGCAUCAAAGCUGCAUUGUUUCCAGCAAGAAAUAACCAUCCUGAAAGAGUGUCAUCAUAUCAACAUGUGGAUGCAGUUUUCAACUAUCAAGGUAUUAGAUUUCCGAUAUCUCUCAAAGAUAUCCCUAAAUUUGAAAAACUGAAUAAUUUAAGAAUCAACGUUUACGGUAUAGAAUCGGAAACUGUUAAAAAUAAUGAAGAUAAUUUAGAUAAUAUUAUAGUUCCUUUAUAUUUAAGUUCAAAUAAUCCUGAUAAAGAAACUAUUCACUUAUUAAUAGUUGAGACAGAUAUUACUUUGCAUGAUGAUGAUGAAAAUCCUGAUAGUUAUCAGCCUAUACAUCAUUUUGCUUUGAUUAAAAAUCUCUCUCGACUAGUCAAAUCUCAAAUUUCAAAGUCUAAAUCAAGAUUAUGGUUUUGCGAUCGAUGUUUAAAUCAUUUUAGAUUUGAACAUUCACUUGAGAAACACAAGCCAGAUUACACUACCGUGCCUCCUGAUAAAGUAAGAAUGAGAUUACCAGAGAAAGACGAGGAUAAAGUGUUAAGUUUUAAAAAUUUAAAGCAUAAGGAUCCUGUACCUUUUGUAGUAUAUGCUGACCUGGAAUGCACGCUUGAGAUUGAGACUAAUGAUACGCAAAAGCAUGUCCCCCACAGUGUAGCUUAUUACCUGCAUUGUAGUUAUGACAAUUCGUUAUCGAGGUUUGAAAUCAAUCAUUCAGUUGAUUGUAUUACAUGGUUUUUAAGAAAUUUAGAAAUUCUAGGUAGAAAAGUUAACACUUAUUUAAAAAAUAAUGUUAAAAUGUUACCACUUACUGCAGAUGAACAAUAUUAUUAUAAUAAUUCAAAAGUUUGUCACAUCUGUGGAAAAUUAUUUAAAUCAGCCAGUGAAAUGCGGUGCCGUGAUCAUUGUCAUUUUACGGGAAAGUAUCGAGGUCCUGCACAUAAUGCAUGUAAUUUAAAUUAUAAACAGAGUCAUACUAUUCCUGUUGUUUUUCAUAAUCUAUCUGGUUAUGAUUCACAUUUCAUCAUUAGAUCAUUAUCUACAGUUUCCGAAGGUCAAAUCAAUAUUUUACCAAUUAAUAAAGAAAAAUAUAUUCAAUUUCAAUUAGCUAUACGUAAAGGUGUAUUUCCCUAUGAAUACAUUGAUUCAAUUGAUAAGCUUAACGAUACUAAAUCACCUGAAAAAAAAUUAAUUUAUUCCAAACUUAAUAAUUGUGAUAUUUCAGAUGAAGAUUACAAUCAUGCCAAACAAGUUUGGAAUAAAUUUAAUAUAAAUACCCUCGGUGAAUAUUCAGAUUUUUAUUUAAAAACUGACGUAUUAUUACUGGCUGAUAUAUUUGAGAAUUUCCGCAACAGUUGUUACAAAACAUAUGAAUUAGAUCCAUUGCAUUAUUACACUGCACCAGGGCUUGCUUUUGAUGCUACGCUUAAACUCACAGAUGUAAAAUUAGAUUUAUUAGAUGAUCCUGAGAUGAUAUUAUUUUUUGAAAAAGGCAUUAGAAGUGGUGUUUCCCAAUGUACAAAUCGAUACGCAAAAGCUAAUAAUCGAUUCAUGGGAGAAGAUUUUGAUCAAAGCAAAGAUGAAUCUUAUCUCAUGUAUUAUGAUGUAAAUAAUUUAUAUGGAGCAGCUAUGAGCAUGUCAUUGCCUCAAGGUUCUUUUAAGUGGAUACAUGAGGAUAUUGAUGUACAAAAUGUUGAUAAGUUUUUUAAUGAUAACAAGUCAAUAGGAUAUAUUUUAGAAGUAGAUUUAGAAUAUUCUAUAGAAUUACAUGAUGAGCAUAGAGAUUUACCCCUUUGCCCUGAACAUUUUAUACCACCAGGCAGAAUGAAGCUUGUAAAAGUUCAUCGAGUUUUGAAAUUCAAGCAAUCAGCUUGGUUAAAGCAAUUGAUUGAUAAAAAUACUGAAUGUCGCAAAAACGCACAAAAUGAAUUUGAAAAGAACUUUUACAAGCUUAUGAAUAAUGCUGUAUUUGGUAAAACUAUGGAAAAUGUUCGAAAAUAUUCAGAUGUGAGAAUGGUGAACAAGUGGGAGGGUAGAUAUGGGGCAAAAGCUCUGAUAUCAAAACCUAAUUCCCAUAGUUUUAUAAUUUACGAUGAAAACCUAGUCAUAAUAGAAUUAAGGAGAAAAAAUUUUAAUGUUAAUGAAUCAAAAUUAUUAUACACUGAUACUGAUAGUUUAAUUUAUCAAUUUAAUGUACCUAAUAUCUAUGACACCAUCAAAUGCGACAUCGAAAAGUUUGAUACCUCUGACUACCCACCAAAUAAUGUUUACAACAUUCCAUUGAAAAAUAAAUAA